UGAUGGUAUAACCUUCAGCAUCCUGUUUAUAGGAUGUAGAAAGCAGCAGAAUUUUCUAACAAGCAGCAAAAUUGUACAAGUCAGGUACAACCCCUCAUCCCCCACCCGCCCAUUCAACCAGCUAACAAGUAAAAACUCAAGGCCACAGAAACAGAUGAGUACGAAGAAUAAAAAUUGCAGUUGUAAUGUAAGUACAACUGCAUGCAGCCAGGGAGCGUGACAGCAAGGAAUAGCUGCGUUGGGAACUACACAGCUGGCCGGGUGACUUUCCUGGAAGGAGUGGGAGAUGCUGGCAGAGGAGCUGUACUGGGAUGUGAUGCUGGAGAACUACGGGACACUGCUCUGCUGGGUUCCUGUUCCAACUUGGUAACUCCCAGGGUGCUCUGCAAACCUCUGAUUUCCCCUUAGUGUUUCCUUGGGUUUUCUGCUGCGAGAUCCAGGAGAGACGGUGAAAAAGGAGGGGGGUGAGAGAAAACCGCCCCUGGGAAAUACAAUACAGGGGACAUGAAUGGAGCUGAGGAGCAGCACCCGGGGGAAGGGCCUGAGACCCCGGAUCGGCAAACAGUGCCACCAGGAGAUGGUGAAGAGAUCGUUUUCCAGAGCUCAAGCCAAGGAAGAACCUACAAGAGGCGGCGCAAGUUGCAAACACCCAAGAGAAUCCUGGCAGAGAAGGAGCCGGACAGUCCAAGGGAGAGCAAAAAGUGCUCCAGGAAGCAUGCGGAAUCCUCUUCAGAGGUGGGAGCCAAGGCCCGUGGGAAGGUGCCCAGCUGCUCAGCCUGUGAGCAGAGCUUGAAGGGGAAGAUCUUCUUCCAAAGCCUGGGCAGGUUUUAUGCUCAGAAGAAGUCGCAUGAAUGUUGGGAAUGUGGGAAAAGCUUCCAGCGGAAGAAGGAUCUGGCCAGACAUCAGGGAGUCCAUACCGGAGACAGAUUCUACAGCUGCCCGGACUGCAGGAGAAGCUUCAGCCAAAUGGCAGGGCUUACGAGACACCAGAAGACGCACUUGGGGGAUCGGCCCUUUCCCUGCAUGGACUGCGGGAAAAGCUUCUGCCUGAGACAGGAGCUUAUGAGCCACCAGAGAACCCACACGGGAGAGAGACCCUUCCUGUGCUCCCAGUGCGAGAAGGGAUUUAGCCAGAUGGCGCAUCUCGCCGCCCACCAGAGAACCCAUGAGGCGGAGAGGCCCUACCCCUGCGGCACCUGUGAGAAACGCUUCAAGCAGAGCCAAGACCUCCGAAAGCACCAGCGCACCCACACGGGAGAGCGACCCUACCCCUGCACUGAGUGCGGGAAAUGCUUCAGCCACGUGUCGAACCUCAACGCCCACCAGAAGGUGCACACGGGCGCCAGGCCCCACACCUGCAAGGAGUGCGGGAAAGGCUUCCGCAAGAGGCAGGAUCUUCUGCGACACGAGAGGAUCCACACGGGAGAAAGCCCCUUUGCCUGCAGCCACUGUGAGAAGAGCUUCCGGCAGAGGAAGGAUUUGAACAGACAUCGGAGUGUCCACACGGGAGAGAGGCCCCACCCCUGUCUCGAAUGUGGGAAAAGCUUCCGGCUCAAGCACACUCUGGUGCGACACCAGGCAACCCACCCACGGCUCAGCCCCUAGAAACGGGACAGCCUCCUGCACCGCAGGGAGUCCUGGGAAGGCAGAGCCUGCAUGGCCUGAUCCUUUCUGCAGCCGACAGGGGAGCACUGACUGCAUGAGGGCCUUUUGACAGUUUCUUUGUGUGUUCGAAGUUUAUAGCUUGUAGUUCAGUACAGGGUGGUUACGGGGAAUAUCAGUCCAGGAUGUACUGGGGCGUUUGACUUUUCUACUCUGAAAAGACAUGGAACAA